AUGCCGCUAGUAGGACGCGACUUGUUGUCAGAUUUCAUAAGAACAUUCGGUGCCGCUCAACAGCAGCCUGCUGUUGCCGCUGUGAUCCAAUAUAGGUCGUCUUGUAACCAUGGUAACCAAUACCCGUGCUCCACACCAGCGGGCGCGUCGUUCGCAGCAGCUCGGGCCUCGCGUCGGCCACCGUUGGACCAGCAGCGUCACUGUAGCGUAGAGCGCGAACGUCCCCCGUCGUACCCAAUCGUUUUUGUCGUUAACAUUGGCAUUGGCUUGCCAACAGCUGUCUUUGAACAUUGUCAGUGCUGCUAG